AUGCGGUGGAAAUCCAGAUUAGCACACCCGCUGGGCCUGUUGCUACUCGCCAGCACUGCGACGGCAACAUCCGCAGUUGAUCUCUCGCAAUAUGUGAAUGUAUUCAUCGGCUCCGAAGGUCCUGAUGGAACGGGGGCUGGUGGAGGCGAUAUUUUUGUGGGCGGGGCACGUCCGUUCGGAGUCGCGAAAGUGGGCAUCGACUCGACGGCUGUGAAUUGGACCACGGCUAUCUUGAAUGGCGGGUGGACGCCCGAUGGAAAUGUUACAGGCAUUAGCAUGAUGCAUGAGAGUGGGACUGGCGGAGCGCCGAAGUAUGGUUUGAUUGCUCAGAUGCCACUGACUUCUGUUGAGUCUCCUGUCAAUGUUCUUGAUAACCGGACUUAUAGCCAACCGAGGAUUGGACAUGACGAGGCGAGCGUGGGAUAUUAUAAGACUCAGCUGGAAAGUGGAGUUACGGUUGAGCUAUCUGCUUCGCGUCAUGCUGGAAUUAUGCAGUAUGCAUUCCCGGAUGGGGAGAAGCAUAUCUUGGUCGAUGUGUCUCAUUAUCUACCUGCAUCACCUGGCGACUCAGGAAGUCAGUUCUAUGUCGGAGGAGAGAUUGAAAUCGAAAAUGACGGAAAGUCAUACAGUGGUUAUGGAAGUUAUAUCGGUGGAUGGAACAAUGAGAAAAAAAAUAAACUCAUAGGUGCUCCAUUUACUGUUUUCUUCUACGGAGAGUUCUCAGAAACUCCAGACGAAGCACAGACAUUUUCUGGUAUCAAUACGGACCCUAUUGCCAGAUAUCAAAAUCUAGCAAACGGGGGAACAAGUCAACCGAUAUAUGGAAACAAGACCAACAAAGUUAACUCGGGACCAAUGACCAGCCGGAUCGGUGCAUUAUUGAGCUGGAAGUCCGGAUCUGCUUCGAAGAUUGUCUCACGAGUGGGGAUUUCCUCCAUUUCCACCGCCAAGGCUCGCUCCUACAUUGAAAAAGAGAUUCCAUCAUGGACAUUGAAUGACACCGUAGCUGAUGCUUUGAAUGAGUGGAACGAGGAUGUUUUCAACAAAAUUCAAGUUCCACUGGAUGAUUCAGCAAAUAUGACACAUGUCAGACUGCUGUAUAGCUCUUUAUACUUCAUGCAUCUGAUGCCGUCUGAUCGUUCUGGGGAAAAUCCACUGUGGGACUCAGAUGAGCCGUUCUGGGAUGAUUUUUACACCAUGUGGGAUAUCUUCCGCUGCACGGUCAGCUUCUAUCAUAUUUUCCAGCCAGAAUACUACGAAUCUAUGAUUCGAGCUCUGAUAGAUAUCUGGAGACACCAAGGCUACAUGCCAGAUGGUCGAUCCGGAAACUGGAACGGCCUCGUGCAAGGCGGCUCGGAUGCAGACAAUGUCCUAGCAGAUGCAUACGUAAAAGGACUACGAGGAGCAAUCAACUGGACAGAUGGAUAUGCUGCAAUGCUCAAAGACGCGGAGGUGACACCGUACAAUACAUUCGACCCGACAGAUUUCACCGCAAGCACAAAAGAAGGUCGCGGUGCCCUUGACGACUGGAAGGAGCUCGGUUACGUAUCCGAGGACCGCAACACGCGUUGUAUCUCGCGGACGGUAGAGUAUAGUUUGAAUGACUUUGCGGUCAGCCAGGUUGCGAAGGGGGAGAGACCGGAUGAUGUGCAGAAGUAUUUGAAUCGUUCUGCAGGGUGGCAGAAUAUUUGGGAUACGAGUGUGGAGAGCUUGAAUUUUACGGGAUUUUUGGCGCCCAGAUUCUCCGAUGGGGCUUUUAAUAGCUCUGACUAUGAUCCGCGGUUAUGUGGGGGCUGCGAGUGGUCUUCCUAUACUUACGAGGCUGUUCCGUGGGAAUACUCUUUUGUUGUCCCUCACGAUGUUGAAACUUUGAUCAAGUUCAUGGGAGGAUCGAAAACAUUUGAUGAGCGGCUUGAUAUGAUGUUCGCGCCGAACAUGGCCAUUCAAAAUCUUGGUGACAAUGGAGCUGGAAUUACAACGUUGAUGAACAUUGGAAACGAGCCCGACUUCGCCACUCCUUAUUUGUACAACUAUAUCAACAAGCAACAUAAGAGUGUUGCACAGUCGCGAAGCCUCGCCAACGAAUUCUUCAAAGACGCCGCCUAUGGCAUACCGGGCAACAGCGAUGCGGGAGCCAUGAACUCGUGGCUCUUGUGGCAGAUGCUGGGCAUCUACCCCAUCGUCACGCAACCUGUAUACCUACUAUCGUCUCCGUGGUUCCCUGAUUUAAACAUGACAAUCAACGGCAACCAGACGCUGCGGAUCUCGGCGACUGGACUGGAUGAGGGAUACUAUGUGCAGAGUGUGAAGAUCAAUGGGGAGCAAUGGACGAAGAAUUGGUUUGAGCACGACGAUAUCAUGACCAAUGGCGGGCGCAUCGAGUUCGAAUUGGGCAGGGAUGCAAAGAUGUGGGAAAGUGGAGAUGUACCGCCCUCGCCCGGCCAUGUGGAAUUGAAUUAG